AUGGCAAACACCCUGAAAUCGGAGCGCCUGGUCUACAGGGCUAUCGAGGAUAACGACGAUUCAUUCCUACUCAGAUUUCACCAGGAUCCCGAGACAUUCGUCAAUUACACUCCUUUCCUCCCCAGCCCACAAGGCGCGAAAAUGGCCGCAUGGGACCGCGAAAAUUACGCUUCCUGCAUGUUAGCCGCAAUUGUCUGUAUUCCGCCUUCUGCAGAGGCAAAAGAAUCAACUCCUAUCGGAGUCGUCUCCAUGAAAGACCCCAAUCCACCCUUUGGUCGCCAUACACGUCUGGCAAAGUUCGGUAUCAUGAUUCUACGAGACUAUCAAGGCCAAGGCUAUGGGACGGAAGCUGUGAAGUGGGCUUUAGACUGGGGCUUCAAACAUGCCGCAUUGCACAAGAUAUCCACUAUGGUCUACGAGCACAACCCUCCUUCCAUCAAGAUGUGCGAGAAGCUGGGAUUCAAACUGGACGGUAGGCUGCGGCAUGAGACCUUCUAUGAUGGCCGUUUCUGGGACGAUCUAAUCUAUUCAAUGCUGGAGCACGAGUGGAGAGACAAAUAUUGCGCCGCUGCAAAUGGUGUGCAUGAUGUGAAUGGCCACCACGAGAAACCAUUAUGCUAA